AUGGAUACCAAGGGAAGACUUGUUGCUGGUUCUCAUAACAGGAAUGAGUUUGUUCUCAUCAAUGCUGAUGAGAUUGCAAGAGUGACAUCUGUUAAAGAGUUAAGCGGGCAGAUUUGCCAGAUCUGUGGAGAUGAGAUAGAAAUUUCAGUUGAUGGGGAACCAUUUGUUGCCUGCAAUGAGUGUGCAUUCCCAGUAUGCAGACCUUGCUAUGAAUAUGAAAGAAGAGAGGGUAAUCAAGCAUGCCCUCAAUGUAAAACCAGAUACAAGCGCAUUAAAGGUUGCCCCCGUGUGGAAGGGGAUGAGGAGGAGGAUGGUGCUGAUGAUUUGGAGAAUGAGUUCGAUAUUGCAAACCAUGAUAGGAGAGACCCUCACCAUAUUGCUGCUGCCAUGCUUUCUGCUCGACUAAAUAUCAGUCGUGGUUCCCAACCUCAUGUUUCGGGGAUAAGCACCCCGGCAGAGCUGGAUGCCGCUUCUGUUGCUUCAGAGAUCCCUCUCCUGACAUAUGGCCAAGAGGAUGUUGGGAUUUCCUCCGAUAAGCAUGCACUUAUCAUUCCUCCCUUUAUGAGUCGUGGAAAACGUGUCCAUCCAAUGCCAAUUCCUGAUCCUUCCAUGACUUUGCCACCCAGACCAAUGGAUCCUAAGAAAGAUUUGGCAGUGUAUGGGUAUGGAACUGUUGCAUGGAAGGAACGAAUGGAGGAAUGGAAGAAAAAACAGAAUGAGAAACUCCAGGUGGUUAAGCAUGAAGGAAUUAAUGGUGAUGAGUUUGAGGAUCCUGAUUUGCCAAUGAUGGAUGAAGGCAGGCAGCCACUUUCAAGGAAACUACCAAUCCCUUCUAGCAAGAUAAACCCAUACAGAUUAAUAAUCCUGCUGCGACUUGCGAUCCUUGGGUUAUUUUUGCACUAUAGAAUUCUGCAUCCUGUGAAUGAUGCUUAUGUGCUCUGGCUUAUUUCAGUCAUCUGUGAAAUAUGGUUUGCUGUAUCAUGGAUACUGGAUCAGUUCCCAAAAUGGUACCCAAUUGAACGUGAAACAUACCUUGAUCGAUUAUCAUUGAGGUAUGAGAAGGAAGGGAAGCCAUCUGAGCUAGCUUCUGUAGACAUAUUUGUGAGUACUGUUGAUCCAAUGAAAGAGCCACCACUUAUCACUGCAAAUACAGUUCUGUCUAUCCUUUCUGUAGAUUAUCCAGUUGAUAAAGUAGCCUGCUAUGUCUCUGAUGAUGGGGCUGCCAUGCUUACUUUUGAGGCACUCUCUGAGACAUCUGAAUUUGCAAGAAAGUGGGUACCAUUUUGUAAGAAAUUCACCAUUGAACCUCGGGCUCCAGAAUGGUAUUUUGCUCAGAAAGUUGACUAUUUGAGAGAUAAAGUAGAUCCAACAUUCAUUAGGGAACGCCGUGCCAUGAAGAGGGAAUAUGAAGAGUUCAAAGUUCGAAUAAAUGGCUUGGUUGCCAUGGCACAAAAGGUUCCAGAGGAGGGUUGGACAAUGCAGGAUGGGACUCCAUGGCCAGGAAACAAUGUCAGGGAUCAUCCUGGAAUGAUCCAGGUUUUCCUUGGUCAUGAUGGUGUUCGUGAUAUUGAAGGUAAUGAAUUACCUCGUCUAAUAUAUGUUUCUCGUGAAAAGAGACCAGGAUUUGAUCACCACAAAAAGGCUGGGGCCAUGAAUGCUUUGGUGCGCGUUUCUGCUAUCAUCUCCAAUGCUCCUUUCCUGCUGAAUGUUGAUUGUGAUCACUAUAUAAACAACAGCAAGGCUCUUCGUGAAGCUAUGUGCUUCAUGAUGGACCCUAUUUCAGGAAAGAAAAUCUGCUAUGUCCAAUUUCCUCAAAGAUUCGAUGGCAUUGAUCGUCAUGAUAGAUACUCAAAUCGCAAUGUUGUAUUUUUUGAUAUCAACAUGAAAGGACUCGAUGGAAUUCAAGGACCUAUUUAUGUUGGAACUGGAUGCGUCUUCAGGAGGCAGGCACUUUAUGGGUAUGAUGCCCCAGUCAAGAAAAAGCCUCCAAGAAAGACAUGUAAUUGUUUGCCAAAAUGGUGCUGCUGCUGCUGUUGCCGAUCUAAAAAGAGAAAUAGGAAAGCAAAGUCCAAUGAUAAGAAGAAAAAUAACAAGGAGGUUUCAAAGCAGAUACAUGCUCUAGAAAAUAUUGAGGAGGGAAUUGAAGGUAUAGACAAUGAAAAGUCAUCCCUCAUGCCACAAAUCAAAUUUGAGAAGAAAUUUGGGCAAUCACCAGUUUUCAUUGCUUCAACACUUAUGGAGGAUGGAGGAGUUCCAAAAGGAGCAACUACUGCAUCACUCUUGAAAGAAGCCAUCCAUGUCAUCAGUUGUGGUUAUGAAGAUAAGUCAGAUUGGGGGAAAGAAGUUGGGUGGAUAUAUGGCUCUGUUACAGAGGAUAUAUUAACAGGCUUCAAGAUGCACUGCCAUGGCUGGCGAUCAGUAUAUUGCAUUCCCAAAAGGCCUGCAUUUAAGGGUUCAGCUCCUAUUAACCUCUCAGAUCGUCUACACCAGGUUCUACGGUGGGCUCUGGGAUCUGUUGAAAUUUUCUUGAGCAGGCAUUGCCCUAUAUGGUAUGGGUAUGGCUGUGGAUUAAAAUCCUUGGAGCGCUUUUCUUACAUAGCCUCAGUUGUGUACCCUUUGACAUCAAUUCCACUGCUCAUUUAUUGCACCUUGCCAGCUGUCUGUCUCCUUACUGGAAAGUUUAUUGUCCCUGAGAUUAGCAAUUAUGCCAGUAUCCUUUUCAUGUCCCUCUUCGUAGUCAUAGCUGUGACCAGUAUCCUCGAAAUGCAGUGGGGAGGUGUUGGAAUACAUGACUGGUGGAGAAAUGAGCAGUUCUGGGUGAUUGGUGGUGUCUCAUCACACCUAUUUGCUCUGUUUCAGGGUCUGCUGAAGGUUUUAGCAGGUGUUAACACAAACUUCAUGGUCACCUCAAAAGGAGGAGAUGAUGGAGAAUUUUCCGAGCUGUACAUAUUCAAGUGGACAUCAUUACUGAUUCCUCCCAUGACGUUGUUGUUGAUCAACAUAAUUGGAGUCAUAGUUGGGAUUUCAGAUGCCAUCUCCAAUGGAUAUGACUCAUGGGGGCCUCUAUUUGGUAGACUGUUCUUUGCGUUCUGGGUCAUUGUUCAUCUUUACCCGUUCCUCAAGGGGUUGAUGGGGAAACAAGAGAGGCUUCCCACCAUCAUCGUGGUUUGGUCAAUACUUUUAGCUUCGAUCUUCUCUCUUUUGUGGGCUCGGGUCAACCCAUUUACAUCAAAAGGAGGUAUUGUUUUAGAAGUGUGCGGGUUGAACUGUGACUAAAAAUACUGAAAAAGAUGGAUGUGUUUCGUGAAGAAAGGCUGUCUGAAAACUGCAUAAAAAUCGGCUGCGUUUUUUGUCAAAAGAUGAAGGCAUCCCUUAAUGCCACACGGUUGCAUGGUGUUUGUAGAUACAUAGAACUGGGAUCCAACAAUUGUUCUGUUGAAUUUUCAUUGAUUCUUUACAUACAUGUGGAUUUUGUGGGUUAGAAAGGGGUUGAAUUUUCAUAAAAAGUCCUUGUAAUCUCCAGAGAAGAGAAAACAGUUUUAGUUUUAUCCAUAAUAUGUACAUUCCCUUCUCAAUAAGGGACUUCACAUGAAUUCCAUGGAAUUUGUCUGCUCCAAAACUUGGAUUGGGAUUUG